AGGCUCUAUUUAGACGUUACGUUGAGUCUGACAUCAUGGGAGCUCCGCAACCUUAAAAGAGACGGUAAAAAAUACAACGGGAGAAUCACAGAAGGCUCUCAUUGUGGAAUGAUAACGACUAACUAACGGCGUCUCCUGUCAGCUCGAGGCAGCAGCGGUCACGUGACAGCAGCGAGGCUCACAGACUGAGAGAGAACGAACGCGCUUCAUUCGCCAUACUGUGUUUUGUGCCAUAACGCAUUUUUCUCGCAACAUUUUACUCCCACUCGAUGAUGCAGAUUAAGGUGACUAUGAAGGGAAUAAUUGUUUCUUUUGGGAAAAUAUCAAUCAGUGCGUCUUUGCUUUCGCCGAAGAUGAACAGACUCUCCUUUGCAGGAGAAGAAUGACCGGGAAGAGUCAGACCAGCAAUGUCACUAACAAGAACGACCCGCGUUCCCUCAACUCACGGGUCUUUAUCGGCAACCUCAACACUGCCAUCGUGAAGAAGGCCGACAUCGAGGUCAUCUUUGCCAAGUACGGCAAGAUCGUGGGGUGUUCGGUUCAUAAAGGUUACGCUUUCGUCCAGUACAUGAGUGAAAGGAAUGCACGGGCGGCCGUGGCAGGCGAGAACACCAGGAUUAUCGCAGGACAGCCGCUGGAUAUUAACAUGGCCGGAGAGCCGAAGCCAUACAGGCCUAAACCAGGAUCCAAACGACCCCUGACUGCUGUCUACAGUGGUUAUGAAUUUGAUUAUGAUUACUACAGGGAUGAUUUCUACAAUAGGCUGUUUGACUAUCACGGACGGGUGGCUCCUCCUCCGAGGGCAGUGAUUCCUCUGAAGCGUUCACGAGUGGUGCUUCCAUCCACUCGACGCGGGAAGACUUCAUUCCCUGUUAAAACCUCAUCCUCUUCUUCCUCAAGACCCCCAUCAUCAUCAUCGUCCUUCUCUUUUGGGCUGAAAUUGAAGUCCGAUCAACUCCAGACUAUCAAACGUGAACUGACUCAGAUAAAGAUGAAGAUCGACUCUCUUCUGGGCCGCCUGGAGAAGAUCGAGAAACAGCAGAGAUCUGAGUGUGAGCCUCACAGGAAAUAUGAGGACAACUGCGACUCUUUGCACGAGGGGUCGAUAUCAGAGACGGCAGACAACUCCGGAGAGGAGGGAGGAGAUGGACAGAUGGACGCGGAGGCGGGAGAAAUGACGGAUGGUGGUGAGGAUGACUACGACGAGGAAGGAAGCACUGGUCUGAUGGAGAAUCAUGUGUCUGAUAUCGACAACUAAAAGAGUUCUGCGUUCUGAGAUGAAAUCAGCUCUGCACUGAACAGAAGACAUGAAACUCUGUGAAGACGGACGUCUCUUCUUAAAGAGGACAUGAAGGAUCUCGAUUGGCUGAUUAGACAGAGAAAAUAUUUAGCAUCUGCUAAUCAAUAUCACAGUUUUUCAUUUAAUAUCAUCUGGCACAUUCAAUCAUGAUUUGCAUAACGGCUGUAAAAGGCAAGUAAGUUCAUGUUUAAUUUAGAAGUUUAUCAUGCAAACACUAUAGUUUGGUUUUUCCCUCAAGGAUAACUUUCCUCAAGCAAAUAUAAAAGGUUUUUUACAGUCCGUGUAUGGAAAAUGAGCCUUAAAUGUCAGAAAAAUGUAACAUGGCAUGUUUGAAACCUUCAGCAUCAACAGAGAAUAAAAAAAAAAAAAAAAACAAUUCUAGAAUUUUAAAUAUUUAAAAAUGUGAGGUCUGACGAUGAACGUUUCAUUAGAACGUUUCAUUGUUUUAAAAUUCUUGCGUCUGCAUUCCCCAUUUUCUUAAAGUAUGUUUUCUGUGUUAAAUCUGAUUGUGAUCAAAAUAGAUAUCAUUUUUUGAUUCCCAGACUAAAUCAUGUAAAUCAACUAGUUAAGUACUUGGUUUAAUGAAAGCAUUUUAGCUCCGUACUGCCACAUCAGCUUCAUCAGACUCCUUAUACUUGCACACUUCUGAAUGAUUGGAAUAUUGUCAGACCACUGUAACACUACAAAACGAAUUACAGUAUGUCUUAACGUGUCAUAAUUUGUAAUAAUACUGUAAAGAAGAUAUUGUAUGUGCAUUGUCACUGUAUUUAGUUUUUAUCAUCCAUAGCUGUGUGUAAAUCAGAGCGACAUGUAGUAGUCACUGUUUCUGUUCUCGAUGAUGUCAUUCAGUAUGGAGUGUGUCAUAAUGAGCUCUAUUUUUAUAUGGCAGAUUUACAGAAACAGCUUCAGAAUAUUCAUAUUUGUUCUGCUGACAUUUUCAUUCUGCUACUGUAAAUAAUUUGUUGGUUUAAAAAAGAAUGCGUAAAGAUGUGUAUAGCUUAAAAAAAGAAAAGAUUGAUGGAAAAUGGAUCUAUUGGAAAAAUGUGAUUAUUCUUUUUUACAUUUUGAAAUCAGUGUCAUGUUUGAGAAAAAAACAAGUGUAUAUGGUUUAGGUCGCUGGUCUCACAGCUCAGCUCAGAGACCUAGUAAUUUAACUGAAUUGCUUAAUAUUGUAUAGAAAUGUAAACUAUUGUAAAGAUAUUUUUAUGAUUGGCAUGUUAAUUAUUUUAAUGUAUUUUCAGUUGUUUAAUUUGUUAUCUGGCUAUUGUGGUUUAAGAAAAUACUGCCAUUACAAUCACUAUAUAAAAUUAGCAAAAAAUAAAAAUGUUUUUUUUCUU